ACAAAACCUAGUAAAUUGACUUAAAAAUGCCUUAGGUUUCAGAUAUUACAAUGCACAUGUUGAUGAUUCUUAGCAGUAACAAUCGCUUAUACAAUAUAUUGAAAUACUUUUGAGCUUUUGAGGAAUAUUUUAACACUAACUCAUUUAUCCUGAAAACCUUGACCAAUCAGCUGCAUAGACUGUUGUGACGUAUUCAGUGUGAAUUCUACUUUCCCUUUUUCGAUGCUCACUUUCUCUUGAGGGCACGCGGUGCGGAGAGGAAGACAAUCGCGAAUUGGUCGGAUUACAUUUAUUGAAUUAUUUUUACUAAUUGCAGGUUCUGUGUUUAAUCUUUGUGAAUCUAAUAAUCUCAAUCUGUAAAAGAUGAGUGUGGACCCGACUAAAAUGAAGGUCGCCGAGCUUAAGGCGGAACUAGAGGAGAGGGGACUAGACACGAAGGGCCUCAAGGCUGUGCUGGUGAAACGACUGCAGGAAGCCUUGGACAACGAAGCUUUGGCAGAUGAUGGCGCUGAGGAAGCCGACAAUGCGGCCGAGGCCGAGGGCGAUGACAAGCUGGAGGACACUGCCGAGGAGGCUGGCGACAAGCCGGAAGCCGAGCCGGAGCCCGCGAAGGAGCCUACUCCUGAGCCGGAGCCGGAGCCUACGCCCGUUCCGAAACCCGAACCCGCCAAGGAGCCCGAGCCUGCUCCCGCCAAAGAGCCGGAACCAGCUCCCGCCAAGGAGCCAGAACCGGAGCCGGAACCUGCCAAAGAACCGGAGCCGGAGCCCGCCAAGGAGCCGGAGCCGGAGCCCACCAAGGAGCCGGAGCCUGCUGCGGAACCGGAGCCGAAGUCGUCCCCGGCGAAGGCGAAGUCUGAGCAGAGCUCCCCGCAGAAGCAGGCGACUCCGGUGAAGUCUGAGCAGGGUACGCCGCAGAAGGAGGCGACGCCGGUGAAGUCCGAGCCGGCUGACAACGGAGCCGCCCAGGAGGAGCCGAUGGACCAGUCGGAGGACACCUCCAAGGACGAGGUCAAGGUGGAGGAGAUCCAGCUGGAGGAUGACAAGGAGGCGGCCGGUGACGGGCCCAAGGACACCAGCUCCAGCCAGGGCGAUGACGUGCAGUUCAUCAAGGAGGAGGGCCAGCAGCAGCGCGGCACCAAGCGCGCCCGCUCGCCCGACAGGGACGAGAAGCGACGCCGUCCGGCGACGCCGGUGAAGAUCGAGGAGAACGAGCCGGAGUUCGACGAGUCCAAGGUGGUGCUGGACUGGUACAACUCGGACCUCAGCCUGGUGAUCGACUCCGAGACCCGCUGCUCGGCCACGCCGCUCUCCACCGAGGGCUUCGGCUUCAUCUGGUCGGGAGCGCGAGCCACGUACGGCUUCAAGGCCGGCAAGGUCUGCUUCGAGGUCAAGAUCACGAAGCACAACGGCGUGGGUCACCUGACGCAGGAGGCCAACCCGCAUGUGCUGCGCGUGGGCUGGUCGCUCAACAGCGCCUCUCUGCAGCUGGGUGAGGAUGAGUUCACCUACGGAUACGGAGGAACGGCCAAGUUCUCCACCAACCUCAAGUUCAAGGACUACGGCAAGACCUUCACCGAGGGCGAUGUGGUCGGCGCGUACGCCGACAUCGGCGAGGAGACGGUCACUCUUCACUUCACGGUGAACGGCGCGUACCAGGGCGUGGCGUGCCAGAUCCCACGCUCCGAGCUCGGCACCGACGCCGACAAGGCCGCCCUGUUCCCGCACGUGCUGUCCAAGAACUGUGCGCUGUCCGUCAACAUGGGCCAGAUGGAGGAGCCGUGGUUCCCGGCGCCCGAGGAGCUCCCCGACUACCAGUUCUGCCAGGCGGCGCCCGAGGAGAACCGCGUGCGAGGCACCGUGGGACCGAGCCAGCGCUCCGACUGCACGAUGAUUAUGAUGGUGGGCCUGCCCGGCUGUGGAAAGACGACCUGGGCCAACAAGUACACGGCUGAAAACCCGGACUUGAAGGUUAACAUCCUCGGCACUAACUGCCUGAUCGACAGGAUGAAGGUGAUGGGCCUGCCGCGCAAGAAGAACUACCACGGCCGCUGGGACCAGCUGAUCGCCAUGUGCACCCGCUGUCUCAACACCCUGCUGGACAUGGCCUCCAAGCGGCGCCGCAACUACAUCAUUGACCAGACCAACGUUUACCAGUCGGCGCAGCGGCGCAAGAUGCGCAACUUCGCCGGCUUUAAGCGGCGCGCCGUGGUGAUCGUGCCCACGGACGAGGAGUUCAAGAGGAGGAUCGAAAAGCGCACCAGCGAGGAGGGCAAGGAUGUGCCGGACUCGGCCGUGCUCGAGAUGAAAGCCGCCUUCAAGCUGCCUGAGGUGGGAGAGUAUCUGGACGAGGUAGAGUACCUCGAGGAGCAGCGAGAGGCCGCUCAGGAGCUGGUCGACAAGUACGCCAAGGAGGCGCGUGACGCCGGCUACCUGCCGCCCUGGGAGAAGAAGGGGCGCUAUGACAACCGGAACAGCGGCGGUGGCGACCGCCGCGGCGGGUUCCGCAGCAACUGGGGCCACCGCGACCGUCCGGGCGGCCCGCGCUACGACCACCGCGAUAGCCGGCCAGGCAGCUGGCGCGACCAGCGCAGCAGUGGCGGCGGCAGUAGCUGGAGGGACAACCGGCGCGGCGGCGGCGGCGACCGCGACCGGCGCAGCAGCUGGGGCGGCCGCGACAACUACCGCCAGGGCUCCGGAGGCUGGGGCCAGCAGCCGCAGCCGUGGUCUGGCGGCAGUUACCAGCAGCAGUGGGGCAGCCAGCAGUACGGACAGGGCUACGGACAGCAGCAGCAGCAGAGAGGCUACGGACAGCAGCAGUGCGGAUACGGAUACGGACAGCAGCAGGGAGGCUACGGCCAGCAGGGCUACGGACAGCAGAGCUACGGACAGCAGGGCUAUGGUCAGCAGGGCUACGGCCAACAGCAGAGCGGCUAUGGCCAGUACUACCAGCAGGGCUACGGACAGAACUAUGGCGGUGGGUACGGUUCCAGCGGCCACUACGGCCGCUAGGGCGCCGCCUGCUGCUGCCCUCUGCGGGCCGGCAGAACUGCCGCCCCCUGUCGACCGGACUCUACCGGUCCUCAGAAACAAAGAGCGAUGGCGAGCGGAGAGUGGCCUACACCUGAGACGCGUCGGUGUUUUAGUUAGCGCUCGCGAGCAUAGAGACGCGUCCCGUUCGGUCGGCUUCGUGCUUGAAUUUGUACCUGUGCCGCGGCUGGCAUCUGCACACACACGCUGCUUGUGUGAGCGGCGGUGGAACGGUGCGCCCGGGUUGAAACCGAUACCGCGCCGGCAGCCGGACAAAGAUCAUCAGACGUUUUUACUCUCAGCACUCGGUCUGGACUAAUUUGGAUGUUUUUAGCGUUAGUACGUGGCUCCAAGACUAGGAGCGGGGCCGGCCCCACCGGUGGCCGGUCUCUCCCGUGCGUGCGUGUGUGUAUAUGCAUGCCAUGAUUACCCCCUGAUCGCCACCCCCCUCAGACGGACCCCGCGCGGACGGUCAAGUACAAUGUUUGGAUCGGUGCCGGUGUCGCGCGGUACAUUCAUCAUUACACGGAACUCCCAUCAUUA